AUCAAGAGGAGACAAGAUCUUUUUUUUUCCUACUUGCGGUCCAAAGUCAGUGUUUUUGUGCAGAGAUCUUAGUCGGAGUAUUUGUGGUCCAUGUGUCUGCUUCGCCGGUUCUUCAUCAUGGCCAAGACCGCCGAUCCGCUUGAUGAUCUUCCUACUGGAUUAAAACUUUUUAUCAAGAAUCUUCAUUCCUUGACUGCGGAAAAGCUUGAUGAUACGAAUUUUCUGUCAUGGCUUUCUACAGUCUCUGCAAAUUUAUCGGCUCAUCGACUUAUGGGUCACGUUGACGGCAGUAUCGUUCCUCCUCCUCCAACUGUUCGCACGGCUGAUAAAGAUGGGAAUGUAAGCAGCGUUCCAAACCCAGAAUACGAGAAGUGGUCUGUCAUCGAUGCCCAGUUAUGUGCCUGUUUACUUGCCAUCAUCACGCCUUCUGUGCAAACUACUCUUCUUGCACAUACUUCUGCUCAGGCUAUUUGGAAUCAACUGCAACUACGAUAUAACUCUCUCUCUCUUACUCAUAUCUUUCAGCUUAAGGAACAAUUGCAUAAUAUUCAUAAAGGCACGGAUUCGAUGCAAAAAUACCUUGAUGAAAUUGCUAAAAUUGUAGCCUCACUACACCGUGCUAAGUCGGAGAUUUCUGAUCAAGAUGUCAUCUUGUGCAUCCUUCGUGGAUUACCGCCAGACUAUGGUUCUAUUAAGCAAAACAUUUGCACAAACAUUGGCACGGUUACUCUUACUGAGGUUACGUCUUGGUUGAUUCAAGAAGAGUUAAACCUUCAAAUGGAACAAAAACUGCAAUUAAAAGAGUCCUCCACCACAGAUGUGCACACGGCCCUAUAUACCAACUCAAGUUUUCGUAGAGGUCGGGGAGGUCGCUUUCCAUACAGAGGAUGUGGUGGUCGAGGAGCAGCCACUGGCCGGUCCUUUGCUGCUCAGAACAGUGGUCGCGGCCAAUCUAGUGAGAGAGCAUCUAGUCGUGGCUCGUACUCUUGUGGAAGGGGUCCUGCGUAUCGUGACUCUGUGAUUUGUCAGAUUUGUGGGGGCCCGAGGUCCGUUAACCUCGUGACCGCCCCGGGGCCCAUUAAACACCCGAGGCAGAUAGCCCACUAUAAGAAGCCCAAUGAAAGCCCAAUCUAAAGCCCAACCCCAUAAAUCUGCAAACACUUCCCACGGGGUCACCCAUCAUUUCUGCUACUCCAUGGCCAGCACGCUUAACUCCCUUAAAAUUCCCCCAAAGUUGCCCCUUCUGAGGAUCGAACCCGGGUGGUGUGGUUCGCCAAUCAACCCUGUGACCAUCU